GCCUCGAGCUUGAGCUCUGGGGUUGGGUAGGACCUGGUUCCGUGCAACUUUCAAGUGAGUUACAAACUCCGCCCCGACACCGGUGCAGGUGGUCGGACGCUCGGAGACCCCGGAGGUCCGUGAGAGCGGAGGUCCGGCCUGCCACCCGGACCCGAGACUACCAGCGGCGCCCUCGACGGGGGACGAACGGUUCUCCGCGGCAGGAAUUGUGGGACUGAGCCACCAGGAUUCGGCGGGGCGGAGGAACGUGCCCUCCCGCCUCGGUUUCUAAGGCGGCUUCCUCGGCGAGGCCCUCCGUCCACUGGUUCCGGGUUCUCCUGGUUCGGGGGUCGGAGUCAGGGGGUGGUGAUCUCCGCCUACACCGAGGGAGAAGUGUACUGCAGCACCACUCGGCCUCUAGUCCCAGCUCCUGAGUGAGGGUCCCUCCGGUUGUCUCUUGGGGUCAUCCCCUAGGCUGUCAGGAUGGUGUCCUGGAUGAUCUGUCGGCUGGUGGUGCUCGUAUUUGGCAUGCUGUAUCCCGCAUAUGCUUCCUACAAGGCUGUGAAGAGCAAGAACAUUCGAGAAUAUGUCCGGUGGAUGAUGUACUGGAUUGUCUUUGCAAUCUUCAUGGCAGCAGAAACCUUCACGGACAUCUUCAUUUCCUGGUUCCCGUUUUAUUAUGAGAUCAAGAUGGCUUUCGUGCUGUGGCUGCUCUCACCUUACACCAAGGGGGCCAGCCUGCUUUACCGAAAGUUUGUCCACCCGUCCCUAUCCCGCCAUGAGAAGGAAAUCGACGCGUGUAUUGUGCAGGCGAAGGAGCGCAGCUACGAGACCAUGCUCAGUUUUGGGAAGCGGAGCCUCAACAUCGCUGCCUCUGCCGCUGUGCAGGCUGCUACCAAGAGUCAAGGCGCUCUAGCCGGAAGACUGCGGAGCUUCUCAAUGCAAGACCUGCGCUCUAUCCCUGACACCCCUGCCCCCACCUACCAAGAUCCCCUCUACCUGGAAGACCAGGUACCCCGGCGCAGACCCCCUAUUGGGUACCGGCCAGGCGGCCUGCAGGACAGUGACACAGAGGAUGAGUGCUGGUCAGACAAUGAGAUAGCCCCCCAGCCACCCGCUCGGCCCCGAGAGAAGCCUCUGAGCCGCAGCCAGAGCCUUCGGGUGGUCAAGAGGAAGCCAUUGUCUCGAGAGGGCACCUCACGCUCCCUGAAGGUCCGAACCCGGAAAAAGGCCAUGCCCUCAGACAUGGACAGCUAGAGUCUGCAGAUUCAGGCCACCUCACCUCUGGAGCCAGCCGGGGACCUUUAGCUGCUACAUCAGCUCCCUGCGCUCUGCUCCU